GUUACAGACAUGGACAAAAGCUCGGAUCUUUGUUUCCCAACAUUCCCCUAAUGAAGUCCUUAAUCUUUCCCAUGCCGUAUCUCAGUUCCUCGCUCUCUCUCUCUCUCUCUCGCUCUUUCACUUUCCAUGGAUUGAAAGCUAAGUCUCUCUCUCGCUGACGCUCGAAGGCGGAAGUGUGGAUGCGAAGCCAGAGAUUUGUACCCAGAAGUUUUUUAACCUUCAAGACCCAGCAACAAUCCAUGCCACAUGCCCCCUCCAUCUGUUGGCGGUCCCUGCCUCCUAGGCCAUCAUUGUCGGGUCUCAACGUUCUCGUCCCGUCUCUGUCUCUGUGACGUCGUUCCCGUGAUCCGACUACAUAUGGACGACAUGGGUUUUCGUUUCUUGUGCUAUGUGGGUGUCUGAAUGUGUUCUUUUCUUGGUUCGUAGCCCGCGAUAGACGAUGGGGUUGUUCAGGAAGUUCUUUUACAAGAAGCCACCCGAUGGGCUCUUGGAGAUUUCCGAAAGAGUCUACGUGUUUGAUUACUGCUUUACCACCGAUGUCUUGGAGGAGGAUGAAUAUAAAGUAUACAUUGGAGGCGUAGUGCGUCAGCUCCGUGACCAUUUCCCUGAUGCCUCUUUCAUGGUGUUCAAUUUCCGGGAAGGAGAGAACCAAAGCCAUAUUGCCAAUUUAUUGUCUGAAUAUGAUAUGACUGUCAUGGAUUACCCUCGAAAUUAUGAAGGUUGCCCCAUACUUACCAUGGAGAUGAUCCAUCACUUCUUAAGAUCCUCAGAGAGCUGGUUGUUACUUGGGCAACAAAAUGUGCUACUGAUGCACUGUGAAAGAGGUGGGUGGCCAGUUUUGGCGUUCAUGUUGGCGGCACUUCUAAUUUAUAGGAAGCAAUAUACAGGAGAGCAGAAAACAUUGGAUAUGGUUUACAAGCAAGCGCCUCGUGAACUCUUGCAGCUGAUGUCACCUCUCAAUCCAUUGCCUUCACAGUUGAGAUAUCUGCAGUAUGUAUCAAGAAGAAAUGUCGGCUCAGAGUGGCCCCCACUGGAUAGAGCUCUCACGUUAGACUGCAUUAUACUAAGAUUAAUUCCUACUUUGGAUGCUGAAGGGGGUUGCCGUCCCAUCUUCAGGAUAUUUGGACAGGACCCAUUUAUGGUCGCUGAUAAAACUCCCAAAGUCCUGUUCUCGACACCAAAAAGGAGCAAACUUGUUAGGCAUUACAAGCAGGCAGAAUGUGAGCUAGUUAAAAUCGAUAUCCAUUGCCACAUUCAAGGUGAUGUUGUCCUUGAGUGUAUUAGCCUGGAUGAUAGUCUUGAACAUGAAGAAAUGAUGUUCAGAGUGAUGUUUAACACAGCUUUCAUAAGGGCAAAUAUCUUGAUGCUUAACCGUGAUGAAGUCGAUGUGUUAUGGAAUUCCAAAGAUCAGUAUCCCAAGGAUUUCAGAGCAGAGAUUCUUUUCUCGGACAUGGAUGCUGCUUCUUCUCUUAUUCCAGUUGAGUUGCCCAGUCAUGAGGAAAAAGAAGGCCUGCCAGUGGAAGCAUUUGCUAAAGUACGAGAAAUCUUCAGCAGUGUGGACUGGACUGAUCCAAAAGCAGAUUUAGCACUUAAUGUGCUUCACCAAAUCCAGGCAACAAGUGUCAUUUCUGAAAAACUGAAAAGUGCUGGUGCUCAGUAUGAUGUAACAAAUUUGUUGUUGGACUCAAGCCCCGUGAAGGAAACUAAAAAGCAGAAAGAACCUGAAGAUAGAAGCAGAGAUGAGGCUCAUGUGAAACACUCAAUGUCACCUUUAAAACCAUUUCAAGAUGACAGUACAACUAUCAAGAAAAUGGAAGCACAAGAAGGACAGGCCCUCAAUCAGAAACCCAUCUCUUCCUUAGAACCAACUGAAGAUGCUGGCUUAAGUGUUCAAAAGGUUGAAGUUAAAGAACCACGGGUGUCUGCCCAGCGACCAGAUCCAGCAAAGCUUAUUUCACAAAGAUUACCUCGCACUUCCCUGUCUGCUCCCAUUUUGAAUGCUAAUUCAUUGCAAGGAUCGUCUGUUCCAGUGUCAAGGUAUCAUAGUGCACCUUCAGCUCUUGGCAUUACAGCUUUGUUGCAAGACCAUGCUGCAUCCAAGAGUGACGAAGUCAUCGAUCCAUUGACAAAAUCAUCUAUCCCAGCUAUUUCGUCUCCCAUGUUAAACAUUUCUAGGCCAAUGCAGUCCUCUAAAGUGUCAAAUCCACCUUUGCCACAACCAUUACCGGUACUGCCACAAAGGCCAGCUCUGUCUAGUAAUUCAGUUGGGCCACACACAGCUGUAGAUAAGCUUUCUCAAGAUGCUCAUUUUGCCAUGGAAUCAGAAGACUCCUUGCUAAGCAAAUCCUUUGGGCCAACACUAUCUCCAUUAGAUGACAUUGCAGUUGAGUACGGUGGUCGGUCAUCAAUUUCGACCCAUCUUUCACCUCAAUCUUCUUUGUCAGGGCCAUUUGAUGUUCCUGGUACCAAGACCUCAUCUCUGCAUCCUCCUCCUCCAGCUCCUGCUUCUCCAUCCCUAGUGGAGUCCUUAUCCAACGUUGGAGAAAGCUUCUCUUCACAUGCCUCUUCUCCAACCCAUGUCAUUUCAACUGUUGCAUCAUCCAUUGGCAAUAACUCAUCUCCAUCUCCUCCCCUUCCAGCAUCUGAUGUUUCUGCAUCACCUGCUUCCCUCAUUUCCAGGGUGCCCUCCACAAAGAACUUGGCAGUUGUUUCCAAGCCCCCACCCCUUCCUCCAUCCCCACCUCCACCUCCAAGUCCUCAUACUGCCUUGGGUUCUGGGACUGCAGCUCCAGUGCCUCCACCUCCACCUCCACCUCCGCCUCCACCUCCUCUGUGUACUGAACCUGCCUCGGGUUUUGUGACUGCACCUCCACCUCCACCUCCACCUCCAUCUCCACCUCCACCUCCACCUCGUUCUGACCUUGUUUCAGGUUUCAUGACUACACCUCCAGCACCUCCACCUCCUUUUCCUCGUUCUGACCCUGUUUCAAGUUUUGUGAGUACACCUCCAGCACCUCCACCUAGCCCUCCACUUUCUUCUUAUUCUGGCAGAGCCUUAGGUUCUAUGACUGCUCCCCCUGUGCCUCCGCCUCCGCCUCCUCGAUCUGCCCCUCUUCCAGGUUCUGUGGUUACGCCUCCAGCACCUCCCCCUCCUCGAUCUGCCCGUCUUCCAGGUUCUAUGGUUACGCCUCCAGCACCUCCUCCUCCACCACCUCAAUCUGGCCUUCUGCCAGGUUCUACUGUCACUGCUCCAGCAGCUCCACCUCCCCCUCCUCCUGGCUCUGGACCUGUGUCAGGCUCUAUCUUAUCAUCUUCAGCACCACCACCUCCACCUCCUCCUGGUUUGACACAGAGAACAUCCAUUUCUAAGAAUUCUGCAACCAUUCCUCCACCCCCCCCCCCAGCUCCUCUAGGUAAAGAGCUUUCAAAACCUAAUGGUGCCUCUCCACAUCCUGGUGGGAAUAAUGGGCCUGUCCCUCCAACUCCUAAUCCUCCAACUGCACCAUUGAACCCAAAGGGGCGGCUUUUAUCACGUUCAGGUCCAAGAAACCAGGUUCAACAAAAAAAAUCAAACCUGAAGCCUUAUCAUUGGUUAAAACUAACGAGGGCUAUGCAGGGAAGCUUAUGGGCAGAGGCGCAAAAGUCUGAUGAUUCUUUAAAGGCUCCAGAGUUUGACAUGUCAGAGCUUGAAAGCCUUUUUUCAGUAGCUUCGACUUCAGAGAGCACUCGUGGAAAAUCACCUCGUGCUUCUGGACGUAAAUCUGAUAAAGUUCAGCUGAUUGAUCUUCGGAGGGCAUAUAACUGUGAGAUUAUGCUUACAAAGGUCAAAGUUCCGUUGCCCGAUUUGAUGAGUUUUAUCCUUGCCCUAGAUGAUUCAGCAUUAGAUGUGGACCAGGUUGAUAACCUUAUAAAGUUCUGCCCAACAAAAGAAGAGAUUGACUUACUCAAGAAUUACAAUGGAGACAAGGAAAACCUGGGCAAAUGCGAGCAGUUCUUCCUAGAAUUGAUGAAAGUUCCGCGGGUAGAGUCCAAGCUUAGGGUUUUCUCAUUUAAGAUACAAUUUCAAUCCCAGAUUUCAGAUCUCAGUAGUAGUUUGCAUGUUGUGAACGCUGCAUCCGAAGAGAUCAGGAACUCAGUCAAACUGAAGAGAAUUAUGCAGACAAUUCUUUCCUUGGGAAAUGCGUUGAAUCAAGGAACUGCACGGGGUUCUGCAAUUGGAUUCCGAUUGGAUAGUCUCCUUAAACUCACUGAUACGCGAGCCAAGAACAACAAGAUAACUCUCAUGCAUUAUCUCUGUAAGGUGCUUGCAGAGAAGCUUCCGGAAGUUAUAGACUUUCCCAAAGACCUUAUGCAUUUAGAGGCUUCAACAAAGAUACAAUUGAAGUUCUUGGCUGAAGAAAUGCAAGCCGUUAGUAAGGGGCUUGAAAAAGUUGUACAGGAAUUGGCUGCCUCUGAAAAUGAUGGUCCGGUAUCAGAAAACUUUUGUGAGAAUUUGAAGGAGUUUCUAGGAAUUGCUGAGGCGGAGGUGAGGUCGUCGGCUUCGCUUUAUUCCAAUGUGGGUAGAAGUGCAGAUGCAUUGGCCCUCUAUUUCGGGGAAGAUCCAGCUCGUUGCCCAUUUGAGCAAGUUGUAUCGACUCUGCUCAAUUUCGUCAGAAUGUUUAUACGGGCACAUGAUGAAAACUGCAAGCAGUUAGAACUCGAAAAGAAGAAAAUGCAGAAAGAGGCUGAAACACCUCAGGUGAAUCUGGGUGCUCUUCAGGCAGCUUGAAGGAUUGGUAGAUCAUUGGAGGAAUCGCAAAAUGCAAAGUGAGAAUAGGCGACCCCGGCAACUGUGCAGUCUGGACUUGGUGUACCAAAAAUAAGUGGCAUCUGUCAAAUUGUGGCAAUGUGAAAGUUCAUGCUUGUCUUGAGGAUUAGAAGAUGCUUUUGCACUUGAGAGAGGUUCUCAUUUCGUGUCCAAGGUGAAUGGCUGGCAAGGAUAUAUAGUCAAAUGUGCGAUCUGAACUGACAUUCAUGGCAGGUAGAGAGGAAUAGAUCUGACAGUGAGAACAAGCCAUAGAGAAGACACGAGUAGUCUCUCAGAUUGCCAGAACACAUGAUGGCUUCUUGAGUGACAAGCUCUUGGACGCAACCAUCAUCCUAUCCUACUACCCUUUGGGGCAUAGAGAUCUGCCCUGUAAAUAAUAGUUAAUCUGCUACUAGAUCGGCACAACCGCCGUAUAUCUGAUUUUGUUGUAAAAAUGUUAGCAUCAGCAAUGAUCUUGUUCUUUAUCCAAUUCAUUGUUAGGUAAUUUGUUUAGUAUUCAUUCUGUGUAUCAAGCAAAAUUUGCUGCGAGAAUUUCGUCAAUGGUGAAUGGCCAAGCGAUUAUGCA